GUGAAGCCUUUUGGUUAAGAGGUAGUGACAGGUUUUAUAAGUUAUUCCCUUCGACGUCCAAUUUAAAACAAAAGUAUAAAGCGCUUUUUUCGUUCCUGACAAAGUACAGUUUGUCUGAAUCACGAGAGAAAAAUUCGGAAUUCUCCCGUAAUUCUCUAGUUUCUCUAUCAAAACUCAUUUCUUAUGCAAUAAAAUAAUAUAUUCGGAGUUAGCGUCGAAAACCGAGCCGACUGAUACACUUUUAUAUCCUAUCCGACCACCUUUGUUUUUUCGAAUUUUUAGGUCGAAAAUUUUCGAAACAGAUAUUGUUCGAAAAAAAUUUCAAAAAGUGCUUUAUAUUUUUGUUCUAAAUUGGACGGCGAAGCGAAUAACUUAUAAAACUUGUCAGUACCUCUUAACCAAAAGGCUUCACGUGGCUUGCAAGAUGAGUACCGUCGAACAAAAGGUGUAGAUGAAAAGCGACGUGCCCAGAAGUUAUUGUUUCAUCUGGAACCUUCAAAAAUACUUUUUUAGAUGCAGUUUUAAACGCUGAUCAAGAAAAACACCUUUGUGAAGGUCUGAAUCCAUUUGAAGCGGAGUUACACCUCUUUUUAAAAAGACUAUUUCAAUGUAAAAUUGAUGACGCAAUGCGUCAAGCACAAAGUCAGUUGAAAAAUACAUUAAAAAGACAAUACAAUCAGUUGGGACCUGUCAGCAAUUGCUCACGCUUUUCAGUGGAGUAUUUACAGAAUUUACAAGCAACUUGUCAACAGGCACGUACAAUGAAUGUACAUCCGGGUUAUCUAAUACUACCCUGUUCACUAUCAAUAUCAUUAGCAUUCGUACUACCAAUAUCUUCCAAUCCGAAUGCAAUUGUAUUUGCUAGUGGAUCACUUCGUGUGUGGGAUAUGAUAAAAGUCGGUUUAAUAGUAAAGAUAUUGGGCUUUUUUGUGGCGUUUUUAGCAGCAACUACGUGGAUGACACCCAUCUACAAAUUAAAUCAAGAAUUCGUGUUCAAUAAAACAGCAGAUAACAUGUAA